AUGCCAGAUGAGAAUGGGGAAGAAGAUGACAUAGCUUACGAAGCAGCUAGAACACCGAGUCUUAAUUUUUGCCCGAACGUCGAGCAAUUUUCCAAUAAUCAAGCUAAGAUACUACGGACGCAGAAUGAGUGCAGAUUGACGCGAAACGCAUUAGAAAUGGCGAUCAUGAAAUCGAAAAUCCGUCAUGAAAGAAAAGCAAAGGAUUUUAUUGGCGAAUGCCAAUUGGAGCGACCGCAAAGCUUUUACUUCACAAAGACGAAAGAAUUCGCGGGUAAAUUGGCCGCGAAUACUCUGCUGCCUGAAUGGGAGAACAAUAUACGAAACUUAAUAUCAACCAGCCUACAAUACAAAUAUACAAAUAUUUUCGAAAGUCAAAUACUUGAAACGAAAACACGCUAUGAAGAUGUAAUGCAAGAUUUAGCCGUUCAAAGAGUGAUAUGUCAAGAAACGUGUAACACAAAUUUUCAACAAAUCCCUUCAUACAAGCUCGCUGGACGAACAGAGCUUUAUCCCAAGUAUUUGAGAAAUCGGUGCGCUCUUAGGAAAAAGUAUUACUUACCGCACAGACUGAUGAGAAACAUAGUAGUCAAGGCCUAUACUUCGAUGCCGCAGUGGAUUUGUAACUUUGGACGUUACCGGUUGGAGAUGGAUUAUCUUGAUUUCAACAGGUUUUUGGACUUAGUGGAGAACGAUACAAAAAAAGGCGCGCUCGGAAUCGGUACUACUUACUACGGUGACAUCGUGCGACUAAUUUCUCAGCCCCGCUAUCUUCACGACGUUCCCCCGCUCUCUUUACCAGGAUUUCUCAACUGCGCAAACAACUUGCUCGCGCUGCAAGUGAUCACACGAAUCAUAAGUAGCAUCGAAUAUUUGCUCGAAAUUUUAAGUGACGAACAAAAGAUGCCUCUUCUCAAGUUGCAAUUAAAAUGCGAGAAUAACGAAAUAUAUUUUAGUCCAAGAAUGCGUGAAAUUUAUAGCGCAUUUCAUGCGAUCAUUGAUCAGAUCAGUUGUGUAGGUCAGCAAUUACCACCAUUGGAGUCUUGGAUCGGUGUGAAAAUUCAACGUGAACAUAUUAAAGUUACAUUACCAGAAUGGUAUUUAGAAGAAGCACAUCGUCGUCUUGCAGACGUAUUGCAGAAUACAUUCGAACCGUUCAACGAUUAUGUGGAAAAAUUGUAUGAGAAGUUUAAAGUCGUUUUUGAUCCGGAAACGCACAGCAACAUCACCGCCUAUCUCAGCACCGGGCAUAGUUUUCAAGAAUGCGUGACCAAGGUUGAAGAUUUUAACGAAUUUAUUCGAGAAAUAAAUGGCAUGCCGGAUCACGAAUACAUUUCAUUAGGAGUAAUUCAUCAAGUCGCGGCGAAGGCUGGUCUCCUUUACUCCACAGAAAAAGUGCGCAAACUGAUCAUCGAGGAGUUGGUGAGAAGUCACCGAAACUAUAAUCUUGAAAUUUGUAAUACAUUCAAAGGCAUAAGAGAACUUGUCGCAAAUGUUCCUACCACUACAAAAGAGUUACUUGAAUUAGGUGAAUAUCUGUUGAUGGCUGCGUCAACGUUAAUGAGGUCGUUAGAGGAGAAAAUUACUUUAUCAUUGCGCAUGAUGGCGUCGUUAAUCGGAAUGACGUCGUUAACCAAAGACCACAUUGAAUUAAAUAAUACUACCAUUCACUGGCUAAAGCGAAUAAGACCGAUAUUCGAACAAAGUAGCGCCAUGUACGAACAAAUUAAAUUUGAAUUGGAGGAAAAGCUUCGCAGAAAAAUCGAAGAUUUAAACGACGAUGUCGAGAACAUGUUCCCUAGAUUGUAUAUAAUGAACAACAUGGACGAUGAGAAUCGCAUACGAGAGUACAUAGAACACAUGCGAAAGUUCGCACGCGACUUGGAUCGUAUGGACGAGAGGGUGACAUGGAUCAACGACGAGGAGAAGCUUUUUCAAUAUCCUCUGUCAGAAUAUCCGCGCAUCAGCGAACUGAAAGAAAUUAUAAUGCCGUAUUACCAAUUAAUUUAUCGUGCUUAUCAGUGGCAGAGACAUCGGGACGUUUGGUUAGAUGGACCGUUUGAGUAUUUGGACUCAAGUGAUAUCGAGAACAAGACGACUGAAUAUUUCGCAGACUUCAAUAAAAUCAGGAAACAAUACGGGACGAGAAUAAAGAUGGAACUUGCGAUGAAUUAUCCAUAUAGUUUCCAGGGAUGGCCGGACGAUCCGGACCCAUUUCAACAGCCAGCCCCUUUGAAACUUAGCUAUCAGUUUAUCGAAGAUAUCAAGUGGUUUAAGCAAUACAUACCCUUAUUGACGGUCUUUCGAAAUCCUGCAUUACGACAAAUUCAUUGGGACGAUAUGUCGGUUACAGCCGGCUUUGAUCUUACUCCCGAUGCUGGAACUACAUUCCGAAAAAUUAUUAAAAUGGAUUUAAUGGAAGAAUUGGAAAAAUACGAAAUGAUAAGCAUAAGUGCGACGAAACAACUGAUGCUCGAAGAAUUGCUGGCAAAGAUGAUCAACGAAUGGGAUGGCGUAGUAUUUACCAGUAUACCUUAUAAAGAUUCAGGUGUAACCAUUUUGACACAGUUGGAUGAUAUUCAAGCUCUCUUAGAGGAUCACAUCGUAAAAGUUCAAGCGAUGCGAGGUUCCGCAUUCGUCAAACUAAUCGAAGAAGACGUUAAAGAUUUUUACUUUCUCUUACUUCGCAUACAAUCAACGAUCGACGAAUGGAUCAAGGUGCAAGUACAAUGGAUGUAUCUAUUGCCGAUUUUUUCGAGCAAAGACAUCGUAGCUCAGCUCCCGGAGGAGGAGGUAUUGUUCUCUCAAGUUGACAGAAUAUUUCGUAGCUCGAUGAAUGGUGUUGCGAAAGAUCCUCGAGUCAAAGAAACUGCAGGCUCAGUAGGUCUUUUAGAAAUCAUGCAGGAGGCUAAUGAAUUAAUGGAAAAUGUAAAUGACGGAGUGCUAAACUACCUGGAGAAAAAGAGACUCUUUUUUGCACGAUUUUUCUUCUUAAGCAACGACGAUAUGCUAGAGAUACUGUCUGAGACAAAAGAUCCUUUCCGGGUUCAACCACAUCUUCGAAAAUGUUUCGAGGGAAUAAACAAACUGCGAUUUGAUGAAGAAUUGGAGAUAUGUUCGAUGUUUAGCGAAGACAAUGAGGAAGUCAGGUUGCAAGAGAAGAUCUCAACCGCGGCGGCAAGGGGUUGCGUAGAACGGUGGCUCGUUCAAGUUGAGGAACAAAUGGUAAAAUCUGUAAGGCACGAAAUCCUCAUGAGCUAUCUCGAUUAUGAGGUAAAUAGACGCGUGGUAUGGGUGCGUAUAUGGCCUGGUAUGGUCGUUCUAUGUGUCGCUCAAAUAUACUGGAGCAUGGAAGUCCAGAACAGCCUUAUGACUCACAUUCCGUCGACAAUGGAAACACUCCACAUGAAACUUCGAUCCCAAAUUUUAGAGAUGGUUCAGCUGUCGGUAAUUAUGUGCGCAGGACAGUUAUCCAGGCAAAAUCGAACUGCAUUGAAUGCUUUGAUCACGUUGGAUGUACAUGCUAUGGAUGUGGUUAAGUCCCUGAUCGACAAGAAGAUCGCGCACGAGACUGACUUUGAAUGGUUGGCGCAACUGCGCUACUAUUGGCAAGACGACGUAUUCGUUCGAAUUAUAUACGCGAGUGUAGCUUAUGCGUACGAGUACAUCGGAAACACUUCUCGACUGGUUAUCACUCCACUAACGGACAGGUGUUAUCGCACGUUAAUCGGAGCGUACUCGUUACACUUGAAUGGAGCACCAGAAGGUCCAGCCGGUACCGGGAAAACGGAAACGACAAAAGAUUUGAGCAGAGCGAUAGCCGUACAAUGUGUAGUCUUCAAUUGUUCCGAGGGUCUCGACUACAAAAACAUGGGGAAAUUUUUCAAAGGUCUCGCUUCAUGCGGUGCCUGGUCCUGCUUUGACGAGUUCAAUAGAAUCGAACUAGAAGUAUUGUCCGUAGUCGCGCAACAAAUUCUUUGCAUCAUCCAAGCUGUACGCGGCAAAGUCGACACGUUUAUCCUCGAAGGCACCGAAUUAAGAUUGAAUCCUGCCGUUUAUGUUUGCAUCACAAUGAAUCCCGGGUACGCGGGUCGGUCAGAGCUUCCUGAUAAUCUGAAGGUGCUUUUUAGAACGGUGGCAAUGAUGGUGCCAGAUUACGCUAUGAUUGGAGAAAUAUUUCUUUACUCGUCCGGGUUCAGUACCGCCCGAGAACUUUCCACGAAGAUCGUGACUACGUACAAGCUGUGCUCCGAACAAUUAUCCACGCAAUCUCACUACGAUUAUGGCAUGCGAGCCGUAAAAACGGUAUUAACAGCGGCUCAAAAUAUUAAACUGCAAUUCCCAGACGAGAACGAAUCGAUACUUUUACUCAGAUCCGUGAUCGACGUGAAUCUACCAAAGUUUUUAGCACAUGACGUUCCACUAUUUCAAGGCAUUGUCUCCGAUUUAUUCCCUGGAUUGGAACUUCCGUCCCCGAGUUACGACGUGCUUUUAAAAGCUGUUCAUGAGAUAGCCGGUAAACGUAACUUACAGCCAGUUGAUGGUUUUCUCUUGAAAAUCAUACAAACAUUCGAAAUGAUGAUUGUUCGUCACGGAUUUAUGCUCGUCGGAGAACCAUUCGGCGGGAAAACCUCGGUUCUUCACACCCUGGCCGAUGCGUUGACCUUGAUGAACGAAUGGGGCGACGAACACGGAGCGAUCACAAAAUAUUACACGAUCAAUCCAAAAUCUAUAACGUCCGGACAGCUCUAUGGAUUCUUCGACCCGGUUUCCUCUGAAUGGACUGACGGUGUGUGCGCAGUUGCCUUUCGAUUGUACUGUACCGAAGAGACGCCUGACAGAAAAUGGAUCAUCUUCGACGGACCGGUCGACGCUAUCUGGAUCGAGAAUCUGAAUACCGUUCUGGACGACAAUAAAAAACUGUGUUUGACGUCAGGUGAGGUGAUGCAAAUGUCUAGCGUGAUGUCGAUGAUCUUCGAAGCGAUGGAUCUUUUGCACGCGUCUCCCGCUACAGUGUCCCGUUGCGGAAUGAUAUACGUGGAGCCGCGUGUCCUUGGCUGGAGGCCGUUCGUUCGUUCUUGGAUAAACGAAUUGAAUGGUGAGUGGAAGGAAGGCUACGAAGAAAAUAUCCAAGAAUUAUUCAACUGGCUAGUCGAUCCGUGUUUGGAUUUUAUUCGAAAAUCCUGUCACAUGACCAUCAACGCCGGUCAAAUUCAUCAGGUCGUGUCCACUAUGAAACUUUUCGAGAUGUUCAUGGAAGACGCAGUCGAAGACAAUCGGAAAACGUUCGACCAAUUUAUUUUGCCUUGGUUACAGGCAACUAUGUUACUAUCGAUCGUCUGGGGAGCCGCUGGAACUUUAGAUUACCAUUCACGGAUCAAAUUUAACGCGUUCUAUUUGACCUUCUGGAAGAACGAGCAAUCCGAACAUCCACUUCCAGGAUUUCUCCUAGAUUCCCUGAUCUCGAUUCCAGGAGAUGACUUGAUUCACGACUGCUUUUACACGUAUCGAGGGAGGGGCGCGUGGAGGCGAUUCUCGGAUCUGGCCAGGCAAGAAGAAUAUUCAGAGACCAGAAGCAUCGUUCAGUUGAUGAUUCCCACCGUUGAUACGGUUAAAUAUCAAAGUCUAUUCCUCAAACACAUCGAGUAUCGCAGACGUUUCCUCUUGUACGGGGAAACUGGCACCGGUAAAAGUUUCUACAUCAAGGAUUUGAUCAUGAACAAAUUAAACCAAGAGAAAUAUCUACCAACCUUCAUUACCUUCACCCCGAAUAUUACGGCUGCACAGACGCAAGAAUUAAUCGUAUUGAAACUAUACAAAAGACGGAGAAACCAGUUUGGUCCUUUACCAGGUACUCACUGCAUAGUGUUCAUCGACGAUGUUAACAUGCCUGCGAAGGAAAUAUAUGGUGCCCAACCACCUAUCGAGCUACUCCGACAAUUCUUCGAUCAUAGAAUUUGGUUCAAUUUGAAGAAACCGGAAACGAUUCAUAUAUACGACACGAUGUUCGUCUGCGCGAUGACUCCACCAGGAGGUAGCAGGCAAGAAUUGUACAGAAGAUUUUUGAGACAUUUCAACCUGUACAGCAUAAGCAAUUUCUCCGAGGAUACUAUCAUACGAAUUUUCACGAGCAUUGCGUUCAUAGGUUUGCAACGAAACGGUUUCACCACGGCAGUUAUGCCGACGAUUAUGGAGAUCGUGAACGCGACCAUGAACAUUUUUGUGAACGCGCAGGGAGAGCUGAAACCGACACCGGCCAAAUCUCAUUAUCUCUUCAACUUGCGCGAUUUCACUCGCGUGAUAACCGGUUGCACGAUGAUCAAAGAGGAUUCCGUAGAAUCCAAGUUAGAUUUCACGAAACUGUGGGUUCACGAAAUCUUAAGGGUGUUUGGCGAUCGUCUGAUUGAUAACCAGGACCGACAAUGGCUGUUCCUGAAGGUGAAAGAAGUGGUAGGAGUGAAUCUGAAAGAAACGUUCGACGCGGUGUUUGAUCAUCUACCAAAGUUCGACGAACAGUUAACACACGAGAGCCUACAAAGUCUUAUAUUUGGCAAUUUCAUGGAUGUGGACGCAAUUCCAAGCGAUCGCCGAUAUGCAGAGGUAAAAUCGAUGGAAGAAUAUACCCAAGUAGCGAUUGGUUGUCUCGAAGAGUACAAUCUGACGCACAGACAUAAGAUGGACAUUGUUCUUUUCCGUUACGCUCUCGAACAUCUUGCAAGAAUUUGCCGUAUAUUGGUAAUCCCUUGCGGCAGUCUGCUGAUGGUUGGCGUAGGUGGAUCCGGUAGGCAAACUUUGACGAAAUUGGCUUCUAGCAUGAUUGGUCACGGCCUCUUUCAGCCAGAGAUCGGUAGUGCAUAUGGUAUACAAGAAUGGCGAGACGAUAUAAAAAAGGUACUGAUGAAUUCCGGUGGUGCAGACAAGGAUUUCAUAUUCCUACUCGCCGAGGGACAAAUUAAAACCGAAAGUUUCCUAAACGAUAUCGACAGUCUGUUAAAUUCUGGCGAGGUACCAAAUCUCUUCACCGUGGAAGAAAGACAAGAAAUCAUCGAAAUGACGCGUUUAGCCGCCCAGGGUGGCAAUCGUAACUUGGACAUAUCGGUGCUGUCGAUUCUUGCCUACUUUGUGAACCGUUGUAGAGAAAAGUUGCACAUAAUGCUCUGCUUCAGCCCUAUCGGUGACACCUUCAGAAUCAGACUCCGACUUUAUCCGAGUCUCGUAAACUGCUGCACGAUCGACUGGUUCGACGUGUGGCCCGAAGAUGCUCUCGAACAAGUAGCACUACGCAGCACUACUGGCGUCAAUGUCGACGAACAGGUGAAAAUCAACGCCGUAGUCGCGUGCAAGUUUUUCCACAUUUGUGCUAAAGAUAUUAGCGUAGAGUUUUACAACGUCACCGGUAGACGAACAUACGUGACAACAGCUAGUUUUCUCGAUCUCAUACGGACAUAUGCUGAAUUGAUGGAGGAGAAACAGGAAGAACUCAGCCUCGCUAGAGACCGCUAUAUCAACGGAUUAGACAAACUAGAAUUCACAGCCGCACAAAUUAGUCAGAUGAGAAUAACGCUUUCACAAUUACGACCACAACUGGAGGCAUCUGCAAAAGAAACUGCCGAUACUAUGAAGGAAAUCGAGACGGAAAAUAUCGGUAUAGAAAAAGCGAGAAUCUUGGUGAAGAGGGACGAAGACAUGGCGAACGUACAAGCCGAGGUGGCGAUGACUUUGAAAACGGAGUGCGAGAAGGAUUUAGCGGCGGCCCUGCCAGCACUGGAGGACGCGAUAGCUGCCCUGAACACUCUAAAGCCGGCUGACAUAACGGUCGUAAGGACAAUGAGAAGUCCUCCUGCUGGAGUGAAGCUCGUAAUGGCUGCAGUGUGCGUGAUGAUGGGCAUACCUGCCGCCAGAAUCGAGGAUCCGGCUACCGGUAAAAAAGUGUUGGACUACUGGACACCAAGCAAACGUUUGUUAGGCGACAUGAGAUUUCUGGAAACCUUACGUCAGUACGAUAAAGACAAUAUUCCCUCGCAUAUAAUUCAGGAAAUAAAAACAAUCUACAUGACGGAUAAGAAUUUCGAACCGAAAGUCGUAGCGAGAGCAUCCUCAGCAGCCGAAGGUCUUUGCAAAUGGGUAAGAGCUAUGGUUUUGUACGACGAGGUGGCCAAGGUGGUUGCACCGAAGAAAGCGAAACUCGAAAAUGCGCAAAGUGACUAUGAAAAGACCAUAAAGUUUUUAAAUGAGCGACGGCAAAUGUUGGCUGAGUUGACCGAAAAAUUGCGAAUUCUCAAUGAAAAUUUACAAGUGACACUCGCUAAAAAGAUCGAAUUGGAGACCGAGGUAACAAACUGCAGAAACAAGUUAAUUCGUGCGGAAAAAUUAAUUAGCGGUUUGGGAGGAGAGAAGAAUCGUUGGUUGACGGCAGCAGCGAACUUAAAAAAAUCCUACGAUACUUUGCCUGGCGAUAUUUUAAUCUCGUGCGGCAUGAUAGCGUACCUAGGGCCAUUCAGCACCAGCUAUCGUGACGAGAGCUUAGAGAAAUGGAAAGAGUAUGUUGAAAAAUUGAAAAUCCCAUACUCGGAGCAUUACGAUUUCGUUGAGGUGCUUGGAACGGAGGUAAAAAUCAAUUCUUGGAAUAUAUUUGGUCUACCUCGGGAUUCGUUCUCCAUCGAGAAUGCCAUUAUCAUGGACAACUCGAAGAGGUGCAGCUUGUUUGUCGACCCUCAGAGCCAAGCGAAUAAAUGGAUUCGCAACAUGGAGAAGCAGAAUGAACUCGAAAUUGUUAAACUGACGAAUACCGCUUAUAUGAACGUGAUAGAACUAGCUCUGGAAUAUGGAAAACCGGUACUGAUAGAGAACGUCCUCGAAGAUCUGCCACCAGCCCUAGAUCCGAUAUUAACCAAAGCUAUAUAUAAGAUGGGUGGCAUAUGGUACAUCACGCUCGGCGAGAAAGUAAUCGAAUACAGUUUGCGAUUCAAACUGUACGUGACGACAAAGCUACGCAAUCCGCAUUACCUACCAGAAAUUUUCAACAAAGUCACUUUGAUCAAUUUCGCGUUAACGAUAGGUGCUCUGGAGGAUCAGCUGUUGGGUAUCGUAGUGGCGAAAGAGAGGCCAGAUUUGCAAGAAAAGCGAGAAUAUUUAAUCGUACAGAGUGCCGCGAACAAGAAAGCCUUAAAGCAAGUAGAGGAUAAUAUACUGAAAACUUUAUCAGUAGCCGGAGCUAGUAUCUUAGAGGACGAGGAAGCUAUAGAGAUUUUAGACUCGUCCAAGAUUCUUUCGACCGACAUAUUGAAGAAGCAAGCUGCCGCGAUUAAAACGGAGACACAGAUCGAAGGGUUCCGACAAAAUUACAGGCCUAUAGCAAAACACAGCUCUGCCCUUUACUAUACGAUCACCGACCUACCCAACAUCGAUCCAAUGUACCAAUAUUCUUUGACGUGGUUCAUCAACUUGUACGUCAUUUCUAUCGAUACCGCAAACAAGAGUAAAGUUUUCGAAAGGAGACUCGCGUUUCUACGUGAAACUUUCACUUAUAACUUGUACCAAAACGUCUGUAGAUCAUUAUUCGAAAAGGACAAGCUCUUGUACUCGUUCGUCUUAUAUACGACGAUCUUGAUGACAGAAAAGGCGCUGACGAGAGAGGAAAUAUCCUUCUUUCUGUCCGGUGGUGUCGCGUUGGCUGCUGUAUCAGACAAUCCAGGGUCUGACUGGCUUCCGGAUAAAUCCUGGGGAGAAAUUUCCAGGGUACAUAUUCUACCGAGCUUCGUCAAUUUUCAAUCGCACUUCACGCGUAAUUUGAACAGAUGGAAACAGUAUUAUGACUUAACCAAUCCGGAAGACUCACCGAUCCCAGAUCCAUGGGGAAGAAGUUUAACACCCUUUCAACAGCUGAUCUUAACAAGAAUGAUCAGAACUGACAAAGUGAUGAUCAUGAUACAACGAUUCGUUGAAGUUGGAAUGGGUUUGAUUUUUGUGGUACCGCCGCCCUUUGAUAUCUCCAAAUCCUAUGGAGAUUCGAAUUCUCUGAUACCAUUGAUCUUUAUCUUAUCUCCGGGUUCUGAUCCAAUGGAAGCACUGACCACCUUUGCCGAGAGCAUGAAUUUUAUUGAAAAAUUCCAUUCGAUCUCGCUUGGACAAGGUCAAGGACCGAUCGCUCAAAAACUAAUCGAGAACGCGCAACUCGAGGGUGAAUGGGUGUGCUUGCAAAAUUGUCACUUGGCUGCUUCUUGGAUGCCCGUAUUAGAAACCACCUGCGAACGCUUUGAUCCUUCGAAUACCCAUGCCAAUUUUCGAUUAUGGCUUACUAGCUACCCCUCUGACCAUUUCCCAAUUACUAUCCUUCAGAAUGGUGUCAAAAUGACCAAUGAACCGCCGACUGGGUUGCAAAAUAACAUCUUGAGAUCCUACAAAGCUGAGGCAACAAAGGACGCUGAUUUUUUUGACAAGGAGCCCAACAAGAAAAGAUCACACUCAAAGCUGCUUUAUGCGUUGUGCUUUUUUCAUGCUGUGGUGCAAGAGCGACGGAAUUAUGGUGCCCAGGGUUGGAACAUAAAAUAUGGUUUCAAUGAAUCCGAUCUUCAGAUAUCCGCUCAGCAACUUCAGUUAUACAUAAACGACUACGAAGAUGUUCCCUUCAAAGCAAUCGUAUACCUAACGGGUGAAUGUAAUUACGGUGGCCGAGUGACGGAUGACAGAGAUCGAAGAUGCCUCAACACGAUAUUAGAAGAUUUUUACAAUCAAAAUGUAAUUACUGAUCCAAAUUAUGCCUUCGCCGAUAUCGGACCCGAAUAUGCUUUACCAAAGAGAAAUGAAUUCGAAGAUUAUAUCAAACAAAUUCAAGCAAUCCCCUUAAAUCCACCACCAGAAGUGCUUGGAUUGCACAUGAAUGCAGGAAUCGCGAGAGAUCUUGAGCUGGCAAAUAAUUUCUUUCAAUCCAUGAUGCUGAUUCAGGGAACAAUGGCGGUUGGAAGUACCUCCAAGCAAGACGAAAUCUUGUUAAAUAUGAAAAAAGAUAUAUACGAUAGAAUGCCCGACCUAUUCGACAUCGAAGAAGCUCAAAAGCGCUAUCCUGUUAUGUACAUGGAAUCUAUGAAUACUGUUCUGAUACAAGAGAUGGAUAGAUACAACACUCUUUUAAACGAAAUCCGCCAAUCUCUCAUGAUGCUAGAGAAAGCUGUAAAUGGAUUGAUAGUGAUGACUCCUGCAUUAGAGAUUUUAGCUGUUCACAUAUUAAGCAGUAGAAUUCCACCAUCUUGGGUAAAAGCCUGCGCUUAUCCGAGUUUGAAACCAUUACCAAACUUCGUUAAUGACUUUCUCGAUCGAUUAAACUUCUUUCGAAAAUGGCUGAAAGAGGAUAAACCAACAACGUUUUGGAUAUCUGGAUUCUCGUUCGUACAUGCCUUCCUUACAGCAACAACACAAAACUAUGCGAGGAAAUACAAGAUACCUAUCGACAGAAUCGAUUUCGACUACGAGAUACUUCCAGCUUACGAGUUAAAUAAAUCGCCAAUCGAUGGUGUUUACGUUUAUGGUAUGUUUUUGGCCGGUGCGAGAUGGGAUAUGAGAAGCAUGCUGCUCGCUGAAAGUUACCCAAAAAUUCUGUGGGAUUCUAUGCCGAUCAUUUGGAUGAAGCCAUGCGUAAUAGACACGCUUCGUGCAGGGAAACGAUACUUAUGUCCCCUUUACAUUACUUCCGCGCGUUUUGGUGUUCUCAAGACAACUGGACAUUCCACCAACUAUGUCCUAUCGAUACUCAUAGAUACUGACUAUCCUGUCAGUCAUUGGAUCAAAAGAGGAUUGGCUCUGCUUUGUCAGCUUGAUAAUUAA